AUGGAUCAGGUGGUUAUCACAGCCACAUCAACUACCUCGCUUAGUACAAGAUUUCAAAGUGGUAACAUCUACCACUACCCAAAUACCGUUUAUCCACCACUUAGGUCCUCUUACUUGGAUUCCGAGAAAUCAUGGCUAUCGAAUCUCCAUAUGGAUUGUUUCAUCUCACCGCCAGCUGCUGUUAGCUCGGCGGCACCUGCAACAACGGCACAGAUUUCACCGUCACCGCUUAUUCCAGCAUCAUUAUUCCAUCCUCUCCAAAAUAUUCCUUUUAGUCUGUCCGUGAUGAUGCAGCGCCCACCCACCACAGUAUCCAGUGUUAGCAACUGUACAUCCAAAACCUUAUCUGGUUCCGGACGGUCCAGUGCAUCGUUAAAUGCUGACGUUGUCCCAUCUUCUACCUGGGGAUCGCAAGAUAGUGGACGAGCAACAGGAGGUUUGGCUUCGUCAUUAAGUCCGGCUGAUGAUGCAGCACCACGAGAAAGCCCCGAAGUGCGGUCUGUUUAUGAGUUUGAGAUACCUAAUACAUUAGUUGGAUUAAUCAUUGGUAUCAAGGGCAAAACUAUAAAGGAAUUGUGUCUCCGUACAGAAGUGAAAAUGAUUAUCAGACCCCACCAUACACCAUCAAAGUUAGAAACGCACCAAAUUUGUGCUGUGGAAGGAUCACGUGAAAAUAUCAACAAAUGUCUGCGAAUGAUGCGACGACGUUUUCCUGCUGCUCGGUUUCCGGAAUUAAAUUUAAGGCCUGUGCUGCCACCAGCAUUUCCGGACCCACCAACAACACUUUACGGUACAAGACCAGUACAGUUGACAUUGCCGGAGGGCGAACGUUGUCGAGUAAUUUGUUCAGCUACCAUUGAUGUUGGCCAUUUCUUUCUUCAACAACCGCAACAUCCGACAUUUAACGCGCUGCAACGGCUAGAUUAUUAUAUGCUUGGUGUCUAUAUGCAACCAGCGGGCGUACCAGAUUUACCGAAACCAGUAGACGUCGAUAAAUUAUGUGUUGCACCAGCUUUCGAUGGUUGGUAUCGUGCAGUAACACUUGACUACUACCCUGAAGAAGAUGAAGUUAUGGUAAGAUAUGUAGAUUAUGGCGGUUAUGGUCGUAUCCCGAGAAGCGAUUUACGACAAAUAAGAACUGAUUUUAUGACGCUACCGUUUCAAGCUACUGAGUGUUAUUUGGCACAUAUUAUGCCCGUGGAUGGAACGACAAAAUGGUCCGAUGAAGCACUGAAGCUGUUCCAAACACUGACGCAGGGUCGCAUGCUGGAAUGUUAUGUUGUCGGGUAUCAUAUUGAAGACUCAAGACCUUUUGUCGAGAUAUUCGCAACCGAUGAAAAUAAUAGGGUAGAUCGAAUUGAUAGUGCUCUGUUAGAUGCAAAUCUUGCAAAGGCGUGGGAUCCGUCGAAGGUUAGACCAGUGCUUCCAAGGCCAGUACCACCAUUAUCAAAUACACGUUUGCUUGGUCGUACUGGAAAUGAAGUUUUUGUUGCUGAAUGA